CGACAACGUUGAUAAUUUUUCUUUCUCAAAUAUUCUUAUUCAGAUACUUUUGUUUUAGCAAAUUUGGAAAUGCCUCCAGUACAACAAAUCCAGUAUGGUCAGCCACCCAGCAACUUUGAGAAGUUCAAAAUGGGUCUUAUGAUGGGUGGAACUGUUGGUGUUGUUAUUGGCACAUUAUUUGGCACUGUUGCAGUUAUUCAAAACGGACCAGGUCCAAAUGGAUAUUUGAAGACCAUUGGACAAUAUAUUGGUGGAUCUGCUGCCACCUUUGGGUUAUUUAUGUCAAUUGGCUCAGUGAUUAGAAGUGAACCAAACUAUGAGAACAGCUAUAUGCAAAGAAUGAAGCAAUUGAAAAUGCAAAACCAUUAUCAAUUAAGAGCUGCAGUAAUGGCAAAUUUAAGUGAACUUAAGAAGAAAUAAAAUCAAAACUAAAUGAUUCAAUAUUUUUAAUUGUAAAUAACUUUAAUUUUAUUCUAAUAUAGUAUAAUAUAACGCAAUGUCAUGACAAUAAUUUUUAUAAUUUUUGAUAACCAGCCAAGAUUAAUCGAUGAAUGGUAUGAUAAAACAGUUAUAAUUUAUAUUAAAUAAUAGAUAAUAGAUAAUAAUAAAUAAACGAAAA